AUGCCUCGGCACGCAUUCCGCCUCCCCUCCCUCCACCGCCUCAACACCAAGGACCUCGCUGCACCACCCACGGCAAUCUCCUCCUCUACUACCAACAACAACACCAACACACACCACCACACUCUCUCCGCCUCUUCCACCUCAUCCUCAGGCUACCAGCCCCUCACCACGCCCCCUACGACUAGCCACGCCAACAAGCACCACCACAGCGACUCGGCUACGCUGUCGCCCUCGUCGACAACCAGCUCCUCGUCGAACUGCUCGUCUUCGUCGUCGUACUCGCGCAUCCGCCACCUGCUUGCCGUGCGCCGCAAGCAGAGCCGCAUCAACAUCGAGCGCGAGAUCGCCGACGAGGCUGCGCUGUUUGGCGGGCCUGACGGUGGCUUCCUCAGCGUGAUGGAGCCCAGGCCCGGCGUGGCGAGGGUGGAUGGGGGUGCGGGUGGUGUAGUGAUGGGGGGCAUCUUUGAGGUGUUAGGGGGACGUUAA